CGCCCAGCCCCGGCGGCCUUAAAAUGGCGGCGGCGGCAGGGCCGAGGGAGGUUGAAGGUAUGGUGGGUGCUCGGGUUUUCGUGGCGCUGCUGGCAGCUGCCCUGCUGCUGGCCCAGGCCGUCCUGGGCAGCGAGGAGCACCGGCGGCUCCUGGGGGCUCCCGUGGAUGUUGCGGAGAACGAUGAGGGCUUGCAGCGAGCCCUGCAGUUCGCCAUGGCGCAGUACAACAGGGCCAGCAACGACAAGUACUCCAGCAGGGUGGUGCGGAUCAUCAGCGCCCAGCGGCAGCUUGUGUCUGGAAUCAAGUAUACCAUGGAAGUUGAGAUUGGCCGGACAACUUGCACAAAGGCAACAGCUGAUCCCCAGAGCUGUUCUCUUCAUGACACUCCAGAGAUGGCUAAGCGCACCACUUGCAACUUCGUAGUGUACACUAUUCCUUGGCUAAAUGAAAUUAAACUACUGAAAAGUAGCUGCAAGUAAGCUUCCUUGGCUCCAGCAGAGAACAGCAACCAGCAUUU